CGCUUGUGUUCCCUCACAAUCGGGCAGCCUCUUCUAGACAAGCCAAGCAGGACCCGCGUCCGCUGUACGUCUCACUUUUAAUUUGGUGCUAAAGCUAACAAUAGCGAUCUUCCAGCAAGUUGACCGUCGUCUCCCGGUCAAAUCUUCACUUCAGAAACAAAUAGAAACGCAAACUUACCACGUACCUGUCGAUCACCGAAGUGCAAGCAUCUAUCAUGCCUUUCAAGAGUCUGCGUCGUAGCCCCACACUAUCGACCAGCUACGCGUGCACGGCUGCCUCGUCACCCCGAGACCCGUCACGGAAGGUGCUGGUCGAGGAUGAGGAGCUCAUUUUCCGAGUACACAAUGCCAACUCGGCGGUGGCGCUCAAGCGUGCGCUUACAGACCCGUCGGACUCUUGGGACUCCGUUAAACACACGCCGUGCAUUCGUCUUGGCUCUCGCUCUGAAGACGAAAGCUUUGAACUCUUGUCUCGUGCAAAAGGUGAGGGCUACGAGGUGCUGACGGUGGGCAGCAUUGCGUGCAGUCCUCAUGAACUGGCGUCAUUGCUGUGUGCAAGGGACGAGAGCGAAUACAAUGCCGCCAUGAAGGGGCUAUACGGCAACCAGUUCAUCUAUGGCUCUGUGGUGCAAACGCUGGACGGAAGACAGUCACAAGGUGUGCUACCAGAUAGUCACCAACUGGCAGUAAGGACGGGCUGCUUUGCACGAUCAAGGAUGUUGGCACGCAACGAGCAGUGGUGUUUCCUUGAGUAUUUCCAGCCCACGACUGAUUCUCUAACAAACUCAAUGUCUGCCCCUGAUACAUCGCAAGGCUUUUCAGUGUCUCUACUCUCAUUAUCGGAGCAAGAGUUAGCUGCUGGUAAAGCCGUGGGAGGCCGCGUUGAUCAACUGGACGGUGUGACGGCUUUACUUGUCGUUGAUACUGUGCCGGCUGUCUCCAAGGAUCGCAGUGAUGGCAAAGGAACCAAGUUGCGUGUGAUGUUCCACGCUCUUUACAAAUGGAAGGAAGCGCCUGUACCCGGUCAUGCUAGUGAUAAGAUGGCUCGUAGUAGACUCCUCGCCUUGGCAGGAGGAAUCCCUCGUCUUCCAGCGGUGAUACGUCGUCGACGACUUGGCACUCAAGUGUUCGCACAGCAGUCAGUUAAUGUGCCUAUGCCCAAGAUCGAAGCUCAGAACUCGCGCUGCAUCUCGUGUACUAAAGGAAUCCGUCUCAGUUCAUUCAUACGAGCUGCUCGUCGGUGUCAACUCUGUGCAUACAACGUGUGCACGGCGUGUUGGUCCCGUGAGAGCGUGGAAACGAACAACGGCCACGUCACAGCCAUGGGCGUCUGCAUGCGUUGUCUGGAAUGGGUUGAUCGCUGUGACUUCUCUCACGUUCAGCGUGGUCGUCGUGGCCCGGUAGAGAUCUUCGAAGAUUCGGAGUCCUCCCAGUCGCUGGGGCAAAGUCUACGCGAAGAACUGGCAGUCGAGACGACGAGAAAUGCUGCUGUGUCACUGAUCAGAAUGCUGCUUAAUCCCUCGGAGACUUCUAGUGAAAGUACGUACAGCGACGAGAGUACUGACAAUGAGCAGUACAUGUCAGCUGUGGAGGAGUAUUUCGAUCGACGUACUCGCGAGGCUCCAGCGGUGAAAGACUGUGUGCUAUCUAAUGCUCAGCAACGCAACUAUCCACUGCAUCCGAUGGACAACGCAUCGCCGUCUGCGCCUGUUCCGGAGAACGAAGUAGCUCGACUUGAGAGUAUUGAAAAACUCGGCCUUAUGGAUCUGAAGGAGCCGAUGCCCGAACUGGAUAUUAUCUGCUCGUUCCUGAGCAAGGAACUGGGGUUCUUCUGCACUAUGAUCACGAUCGUUGGUGAGACGCAUCAGUUGGUUCUGAGCUGCACCAUUCGCGACUUCGUGCACGCCAUGCUGCCUCGUGAACACACUUUCUGCCAGCAUUUACUCAUGGGUGAGGCACCGUUCAUCAUCCGCCACCCAGAGGCAGACGUCCGCUUCUACAAUCUCAACCCCGUUACACGCCAAGGUGUUAAAUACUACUGCGGCAUCCCGAUCGUGGGUCCGGAUGGCAUCAUGGUGGGCUCCAUUUGCUGUGUGCACAGUGAAGCGAUGGAUAUCACACGGUCACAGUACGACACGCUGGUUCGGUUCGGAGAGAUUGCUUCCAAGGUCAUCCGAGUCAAGGCUGAGGCGAAGCUGCAGAGCCAGUAAGAUAUGUAGGAAUUGAAACAGCGAAACGAUGCAUUACUUAGUAUUUAUUCGUAUCAAUACAUAGCUUUGAUGAUCUAGCAGAGAACUACCGAU